AUGGUCUUAUCUGGUGUCUUCUCCCUGAUCUCUUCUGUCCUCAAGCUCCGAGGGGCCACCAACUAUGCACAAUGGAAGAAGGAGAUCUCGAUGGUUUUCAUGAUGAACAAGACCUUUGGCAUCAUCAGUGGCAAAAUCUCCAAGCCCAAGGUCCCAGAAGAGGCCAAGUCCUGGGAGGAGAAGGAUGAAGAAGACCUUGCAAUCAUGUACUCUGCUGUAGGAGAUUCGUGCCGGCACGUCAUGCCAAACUACUUGAAUAGAGCACCAUUUACCCGUUCAAAAGGGGUUGCUCCAUUUGCUCAGGGGCUCCCGCUUCAGGGCAAUAAAAAGGCACCUGCCAUUUCCGCUGAGUUGCUGUCUAUUCAAUCUAAAAAUAAUGCUGACCUUUUGGGGGACAUGGAAAGCUCCCUUACUAGCAUUGCGAGCCUUGUGCCUGACAUCAGUGCGAGAAGCUCAAGCCCUGUCUCUAUCAAUGAGAAGAGAUUAUCUUCUUGGCCUGUGAAGGAGGAGUCCAUUGCGUCUGAGGACUUCGACCUUCCUAGCCAGUUUGGCAGUUGCGUUGCUGCGAAUGAGCUGAGUUACGCAGGUUUCCAAACUGCGUUGGACGUAGAUCUGCUGGAUCUCAAUGACGAUUCUGUCAUUCUCCACCCUAGCGAAGUUAUGGGAUGGGAGACUGUGGGGAAGAAGAAGGGUAGACGUACCCCUUCCCUGGACCCUGGUUCAAAAAUUACUGGGUUUACUGCUAGCACGAAAAAUAGAUAUGAAAUUUUAUCUGAUUCCAAUGGUGAUGAGAAUAGGGUUGCUAUUGAGAAUACUGUAAAGUAUGUAUAUGACAUAUGGCAGAAGCAUUUCGAAAAGCAGUUUCUUAAUAUCCCAAAUCAAGUUAGAAGGGAACAAGAGGCUGCCAUGGAGGCAGCUCGACUCGAAGCCCAGGCUGGAGUGAUUCAAGCUGAAAAUACAUGGAACCCUGAAUCAGAUACUGAACAUGAGAUGGGAAAUGAAGUACCUGUAGAAAGGCCUUUUGUCAACAAAGGAAAGGUUCAUGAUUUUCGGGACACUGGGAUUCCAGGUAUUGACAAUGAAGAAUUGGACCCUGAGAAUCAACAACAUGCUUGGGAGAACUUUGAUUUUUUGAAAGAUGAGGAUCCCAAAGUACAAAAAGCUAUCUAUGAAGAUGUUGUUAGGACUUGGAAGGCGUUUAAGCAUCCCACUAACACACUUGUUAGUAAAGCUAGUACUUCAUCCAAGAUGAAACCUGAGAUGGCCAGUACCUCAGCCCCCAUGACAAAGGGUGAGGUUUCUGGAGAGGCCAUGCACUUUACCCCGCCAAUUACAAGCACCCCGAUUCCGAAGCCUGUAAAGAAGGUCAGGAUUGCAGAGGAGAUCAAGACUGAAGAGAUGUUUGAUGCAACUUUGGGCAACUGGAAGGGAGAUUCCAAGUCAUUGAGCCCUUCGGGACUAAAAGCUAGUAGUCCUGGUGGUUUGUGA